AUGUACGUAGACUGGAAUGCUACGGCAGAGCAAACGAUGGUCAAUCUUCAACUUGGUAGCACAGCCACUUCUCCACGCUCACAAUCCUAUGGUUACAUGCAGGUGAAACCUGUGUGUUACACGUCGGAUAAGUUCCGUGAGAUUAAAUCAAGUCGUGAUGCAAACAUUGCUGCCAGACGUGAUCGACUGACUGGCGGCGUUGACCAGUGGGAAUUUCUAAAGAGCAGUUUGCCCUACUCAUUUUAUGGCUAUCGCAUUUCGCCCCCGGAAAUGGCAAAUUCUGUAGGCAUCCGAUUGCAAAAUAUUUCACUUGGGACCCCGGAAGAUGGUUUUUUCGCGGGCUCGAAUUUUCUCGCUUGGUAA